CAUAUCCGAUUCGACGUAUUUCCGGUUAGGCCUCGUGCCCCUUCAACGUCUUUUAUUUAUAUGUUUUAGGAGAAGAAGAAGAAGAAGAAGAAAAAGCUAUCCAGCUAGCUUGGCUAGUUGACCGCUGUGUUACUUACCAUCAUCCCAAACAACUCCUUCCUUUAUGUUAGAAGAAAUAGCUAUAUGAAGAGUCUCCGGUGUAAAGGGGGAAACGACUCCAACUCACGAUGGAAGACUGCUUGCACACUUCUUCAGAGAACCUGUCUAAGUUGGUCCGCUGGGCCCACAGUCACGGCACCAUCUGUGCUCUCAUCCCGAACCUCAAACACCUGCUUACCGAGGGUUCCCAUGGGACCCUGACCGCCAUGUGGGGGUGCAGCGCGGGCCACGCCUACCACUGGCCCCUCCCCGCCACCUGUAAGACAGGCCAGAAGGAGCGGGGUGGCUGCUACCAGGACAGCCGUAGCAUCAACUCAGACAGCCUCAGUCUCCAGGGAGGGGCUUCAGCCCGUCAGAGCAGCCCAGGAGGUGAGAGGUUUCUGGGCCGCUCCACCAAGGCCAAGGGAGGCGACAGCAGCCAGACCCGGGACUCCUGCGACUUCUCCAACUGCAGCGACGACAACACCGAAGCCGACGACAACACUGAGGAAUAUAACAGCAACCUGUUUGAUAUCGUCUGUGAGUCCUCAGCCACGACGGACGAGGAUGGAGACGUAGACUACGAGCCUCAUCACAGACCCAGGAAGAGGGGACCCCCGGGGGGAAUGCCCGGCCCCCAGAGACCAGGGUCUGAGGACAGGGGACAGGGGGACAAGUCAGUGAAGAAGAUCAAGCAGGAGACUUCUGAGGACUAUUACACAGUACCUAAAGCCCAGCUAGCAGCAGUGGUAGGUACUGACUCUGGCCUGGCCUCUCACUCAGUCUCCCAGUCCCCAAAACCUAAUAAUAACAACUCUCUGUCCCACCAUGCAUUGCCACACAAACCCUCCCAGCUGGACGCCGACUGUUUGGUUGGUGGCGUGUCGUUGUCUGUGUUGGGGCGCUCCUUUCCUCACAAACCUCUCCGAGGCUCUAUCUCCAGCUCUGUCUCCAAACCUUCCAUGAUGGGCGCUAGUUCUCCCAGACACCAGGACCUGUCCUCGGUGUCGACCCGGGACCUGAGCACCCUCCCUGGGGCAGGUAGUGAGCUGAUGGAGGACCUGCUGAAGCAUGGAGGAUCCGAGGGGCCGUUGGGGAACAUGACUCCUUCCUCACCCAGUGGGAUGAACCCUGACCUGGACCUCCUGGGAGCAGAGACCAAAGGAGAGGCUACAGACUUAUUCUGGCCCACCUCUUCAAGUCACUGCUUGACCAGCGACCCGUCAGAGGAGCGGCGGCGGGUUGAGGAGUUUGUUGCUAGUAUAGACCUGGGUCAGCUACAGAGUCUUCAGACAGUCAUCCACCAGGUUCUGUCUUUCCGUGAGAAGAAAACGGAGAGAGGGGAAGAGAGGAGAACGGAGAGAGGGGAAGAGAGGAGAACGGAGAGAGGGGAAGAGAGGAGAACGGAGAGAGGGGAAGAGAGGAGAACGGAGAGAGGGGAAGAGAGGAGAACGGAGGAUUGGAGAACGGAGACAUGGCAGUUCCAUGAGGCUAGAGCUCCCAGUCAUUAUCCCCAGCCUCACAUUCAUCAACCCAACAGCCAUCAGCAACAGACCCAGUCCCAUCUCGAGACCCACCAGCCACAGCUUCAACCCCAGCCUGAGCCGACGCGCUGGCGAGGCCGUCACAGGGAGCAGAUGCAGGGCCAGCAGCAGCUCUACCCCGGCUCAGGAGUCCUGCUGUCCUCCCUGCAGCUAGCUGCCAUGUUUCAGGAGGCCAGAGGGAACUGCAUGAGACUCUUUCAUCUCCUAUUCGAGCAUUUCUUCACCGAGGAAGACCUCAUAGGGGCGGUGGCUUUCGGCAGGAGGGGGAAAGUACCCGACGGCAAGAAGAUUCUUGACCGCAGAACGGUGGACGCAAUCAUAGCGUACGUCCUCCACUGCUCUGCCCUGGAUGGAUGGACAUCGGUGGAGUCGUCCAAACUGAAGAAAGCAUGCAUCAAUAAGUGUAGACUGAGGAUGUGUCAGAGGAGAAUUGUUACAUGUCCUGGUGACUUUCCACAGGUCAGGGUCUGAGGGUCUGAGGAUCUCAUUAUUACAUGUCCUGGUGACCUUUCCACAGGUCAGGGUCUGAGGGUCUGAGGAUCUCAUUAUUACAUGUCCUGGUGACCUUUCCACAGGUCAGGGUCUGAGGGUCUCAUUAUUACAUGUCCUGGUGACCUUUCCACAGGUCAGGGUCUGAGGAUCUCAUUAUUACAUGUCCUGGUGACCUUUCCACAGGUCAGGGUCUGAGGAUCUCAUUAUUACAUGUCCUGGUGACCUUUCCACAGGUCAGGGUCUGAGGAUCUCAUUAUUACAUGUCCUGGUGACCUUUCCACAGGUCAGGGUCUGAGGGUCUCAUUAUUACAUGUCCUGGUGACCUUUCCACAGGUCAGGGUCUGAGGAUCUCAUUAUUACAUGUCCUGGUGACCUUUCCACAGGUCAGGGUCUGAGGGUCUCAUUAUUACAUGUCCUGGUGACCUUUCCACAGGUCAGGGUCUGAGGGUCUGAGGAUCUCAUUAUUACAUGUCCUGGUGACCUUUCCACAGGUCAGGGUCUGAGGGUCUGAGGAUCUCAUUAUUACAUGUCCUGGUGACCUUUCCACAGGUCAGGGUCUGAGGAUCUCAUUAUUACAUGUCCUGGUGACCUUUCCACAGGUCAGGGUCUGAGGAUCUCAUUAUUACAUGUCCUGGUGACCUUUCCACAGGUCAGGGUCUGAGGGUCUGAGGAUCUCAUUAUUACAUGUCCUGGUGACCUUUCCACAGGUCAGGGUCUGAGGGUCUGAGGGUCUCAUUAUUACAUGUCCUGGUGACCUUUCCACAGGUCAGGGUCUGAGGGUCUGAGGAUCUCAUUAUUACAUGUCCUGGUGACCUUUCCACAGGUCAGGGUCUGAGGGUCUGAGGAUCUCAUUAUUACAUGUCCUGGUGACCUUUCCACAGGUCAGGGUCUGAGGGUCUGAGGGUCUCAUUAUUACAUGUCCUGGUGACCUUUCCACAGGUCAGGGUCUGAGGGUCUGAGGAUCUCAUUAUUACAUGUCCUGGUGACCUUUCCACAGGUCAGGGUCUGAGGGUCUGAGGAUCUCAUUGUUACAUGUCCUGGUGACCUUUCCACAGGUCAGGGUCUGAGGGUCUGAGGAUCCUACCAUUGUGGAGGAAAUGAGGUCAUCAUGUCUGCCUUCUGUUAGACAUUAGACCAUGUCUUUGUCCCAAAUGGAACCCUAUUGCCUUCAUAUGGGCUCUGGUCUAAAGUAGUGCUCUAUAUAGGGAAUAGGGCUCUGGUCUAAAGUAGUGCUCUAUAUAGGGAAUAGGGCUCUGGUCUAUAGUAGUGC